UGACGUCACUGACAUACCCAAGCCUUACAACAGGCAUUGGGGGAUGUGAACAAAAGCAAUGCAGGAGGGGCGUUCAUUUUUUCUAACCAAUCCGUUGAGGAAGGAAAUAUUCCCUAUCCAAUCAGAGGAAGCCAAUGUGUCGUUCCGGCCUAAGCAAUGGCUAAUGAAAAGGCGCAAGAGCCUAUCAGAAGACAGGAUGAGAAAACCAAUGACCAAUUGAGGAAAAGAGGCUGGACACCGUAUACGGAUGCCGUAAUAAGCCGCACGUUUUCAAGAUGAGUACCCAGAGGGGCAAUGUGAGUCGAUCACGGGCCCAGAAACACCAGAACGGGACGGUUUAUAAAAAUGACAAGUAUGACAGCAGCAGUCGAACCAAGAAAAUUAAUACAAAACCACACGAUGGUGUCUGCCAGCAUUGCAAGGAUGUGCUAGAAUGGCGUGUAAAAUUCAGCAAGUACAAGCCCCUUUCUCAGCCUAAAAAAUGUGUCAAAUGUCUGCAGAAGACCGUUAAGGACGCCUAUCAUAUUAUCUGCAAGCCGUGUGCCUUGCAGCACGAACUUUGUGCCAAAUGUGGAAAAAAGGAGGAGGUUGUUUUACCAAUUGGCAAAUUGCCAGAGGCAUCAAACAGUCCGUGUACAACUAACAAUCAGGAGAAUUCAAGUUGUGAUGAAGAAGAAGAAGAGGAAGCAGGCAGUGAUUUAGAUUUUGACAUUGAUUUGGAAGCUUCUGAUGAUGAAGUCAAAGAAGAAAAGAAGAGAAGCAAAAGGCCAUCUAAAAAUAAGGCUGCAACUGGAAGCUAGCAUCUUUUAAUAGCCGGGAUGCUUAGAAGAUCUGACGAGAUGGCUCUUUUUGUGGACAUUUACCAUCAGCAAAAAUAUCACUUAAUUUAAUAUUUUAAUCCUAUGUACUCUGUUGUAUAAGUGAUGCUUCUUUCAGAAAUUCCAAGUACUUGGGUUUAUUUCCCCUCUCCCUUAUGAAUGGUGCUGGCUACAGGUUAAAAUUAUAAUUAAAAAAUAUGUACAGCAGCUCUUCUGGGGCGUGUAUUAAUGUGUUUUUGUCUGCCUUUGUAUAGCAGGUACAAAGAUGGGGACACAUGGGCAGUAAAGGGCAGAGAGUUUUCUGAUAAAGCUGGCCUAUGGUUGGGGAGAGGGUUCUGUUGUUUAAUUGUUACUCCUUUUAUUUUUCUAUCUAGCUCUGAUCAAGCACCAGUGAGCCUCUGAAAUAGAAUAUACUUGGAAGGAAAUACACACAGCAAUAUAGGUACAAGGAAAUACAUUCCUCUAUGCUAGCAUGAAAAACUGACUAUUUAUAGAACAUACAAAAAAAAGACAACUUACCCCUGUACUAUGAAAACAGAAUUGUUCUGGGACACAAGGAACUUACUGUUAUGCUAGAGUUCCAUUAGUACAUCAAAUCACAGGUACCUCUUGAACUUCCUUUCAAGUAUAAAAUUUGGGGAAAUCCAGAUACUUAGAGAGACAAAAGGUAAUUUUGAAAUUCACUGACACCGGGAAUUUACAAUUUUCUCAUACUUGCCACAUUUCAAACCCGACGAUCAACUAUAAUCUAACAAGUUACCCAGCUAGUUUAGUUGCACAACUUUGUUUUUAGUUUUUCACAUUGUUAUGUCUUCUCUUGGCUUAUUUGAAAAGUCACCACCUUUUCAUAACAAUGAUCAACCUGUGACUCUCCAUAUAUUGCCAUUCCGUAAUCUAUAAAUAACUCAGACAGAGAAUUUCAGUUGAAAUUGUUCAGAUUCUAUAGAUUUGGUUCCUAAUAAUUAUAAAUGAUAACUCUCGGGCUGAUCUGGUAACAUAGGCGUUAAAUUGCCCAAGAGCAUUCCAGUGGGCAAAUAGUUUUGAUCAACUACAAAUUAUUAAAUAAAACCAAAGUGCUGAUUGAUUAUAAUAACUACCAAAAUAAAGGAAAUAUGUGUUGCCCAGUUAUAAAUAUACACCAAUAUAGCAGCCUUCUCUGUGAUGUUCUUAGUGCAGUCACUACCUGCUCUUAGGAAAUGUGCCUUUGAAAUAAAGCUGUUUUCAUUUCA